AUGAUGGCUUUUUCGGGUUACUUGAUCAAUUUAAAAUCUAUGGCCGGCUGGCUUAGUUGGCUUCGUUACUUCUCUUUAUUUCGUUACAGUAUGGGUGGAUUACUGGCUAUGGAAAUGACUCCCCUUCAGUUUUGUCCUAUGGAUAAAUCCAAUACAACGCUUCAUAGACAAUGUCAAAAUGGUACAACAUACUUGGAAGAUCAAGAGAUUCCUUAUAAAACUUCAUGGGAUUUAUGGUAUAAUGUAGUCGGAGAAGUGAUCAUUUCGAUCGUCUUUUAUAUAUUAUGUUAUGUCCAACUUCGACUAAUCAACAAAUAUAAGUGAUGUGCAAUAAUGGCUAAAUCAAUUAUUUUACUUGUUUUCCCGACCAUGUCAAUUAAGAACAGGAGACUUCUACUAUGCAUGCAAAUCACAAAGGAAUAAGAAAGAGAAUUUCAAGUCAAUUUCACAAUUCUAGUCCUUAUUUAACAGUGUGGAUUCAAAUGUCCA